AUGGAGGAGGAACAUUGUCUGAACUGCACGCUCUAUGCAGAGUUCAACGACACUUUCUAUAAGAACAUCACCAAGAAUGAGACUACCAUCAAUAAGUUCUAUUUCUACCAGUCAGCACAAUUGGCGAUCCUAUGGAUGCUGCUCGUGACCAUAGUGGCUGGCAACGCGACCGUAGUCCUCGCGUUGCUGCUCACCAAAUCCAGGAAGAGUCGCAUGAACUUCUUCAUUAUGCAAUUGGCAAUCGCCGAUUUAUUAGUGGGCUUAAUCAGUGUUCUGCCGGAUUUAAUACAAAGGAUAACAAUCACGUGGCUUGCUGGCUCCAUUACGUGUAAAAUGAUGAAGUAUUUACAAGGUGUCGUCACAUAUUCCUCUACAUACGUUUUAGUGGCACUGAGUGUGGACCGAUGUGAUGCCAUCACCCAUCCUAUGAACUUUACGGGAAGCUGGCGUCGUGCGCGCGCGCUUAUUCUUGGUGCAUGGUUCGUCAGCUUUCUGUUUUGUGUACCGAUGCUAUUUCUAUUUGAUGAAGCCAAUGUUGAAGGGAUCUACCAAUGCUGGUCAGGCAUCAGUAAACUGCAGUGGAGGAUAUGGAUGACCAGUGUAUUUGUGUCCUUGUUUGUGGCCCCAGCACUGACAAUAUCGGCUUGUUACGGAGUGAUCGUGGUCACGAUACGACAGAAGAGUAAUCGGGUACUAGGCAGGAGGGCUACGGCGACUAGACAAUAUAGUGACGACUUGGACAGCCGACGGGCCAGCAGCCGCGGUAUCAUACCGAAGGCUAAGAUCAAAACUGUCAAAAUGACAUUCGUUAUUGUUUUUGUGUUCGUGCUAUGCUGGUCUCCAUACAUGAUCUUCGAUCUGCUGCAAGUCUACGGCUACGUUCCAGACACGCAAGGGAACAUCGCCAUCGCCUCGCUCAUCCAGAGCCUGGCACCGCUCAACUCUGCAGCUAACCCAGUCAUAUACUUCAUAUUCUCUAACAGGAUAUUUGUUAGCCUAAGGAACAUUCCUCCAUACAAAUGGCUAUGGUGUUGGGUGAGAGCGAGUGACAGCCCUGCUGGCAACGAAUCGCGGGCACACACUGAACUGCUGACGUCAUCACAUCGACGGACUAGGCAUGAACUGACUAUACGAGUAAAAGACGACAGCGUGAAGUUUCCAAAGCAGCGUCUACACCAGUGCAACAGCACAAACUCCAAAAAGGUUCGUUUACAUCUGCCCGACCAACAGAUCAACAACAACUGCCAUCCACCGCAACGAAGACGGGAUGAUACUUUCUUGUAG